UGUACAUCUCUUUUUAAUAUAUAACCAAUGUAAUAAAACGCUUGAAAUUUAUUAAAAAUGCAUUUGAAUGAAGAAAUAUUUCGCGACAUACUUCGGAUAAACAAAAAAACAUGGAAGAUUAAAGUAAAAGACAGUAAAACAAUCUCUCAAUAAGAAUACAUUAUAAAUAUCCAGUAAACAAAAGUAUGACAUUAAAAACAUAAAGAUAACCUAAUCUAUAUUCUUUAAAGAAUUUGGUAUUUAUUUAUUCUUUCUUAUCACUAUGAUACGUGUAAGACAUUUGUUUAAUUUACUUUGUUCCUAUAUUAUCAAUUAUACGUGCAAGUUCUUUCUUAUGCUUUUAUAAAUCGUUAUUAUAAAUCGUUAGAAAAUCACGAUUUAUAAUAACAAAAGUUUUGAAACAUUCUGUGAAAAUUAUAUUUUUCUCAUGGAAAAAAUAAGAAAAAAUCAUAUCAGUGCUAUAACUUGUGUUCGUUAUUCUGAUAUGCAGGGUCAUUCAAUUGACCUGGAGAGCGAAGAAACUGAGAUAAGCAAGGAAUAUCCCAUAUUAAAAUCUUUUCUUGCUGGCUCAUUUUCUGGUACUUUUUCGACAAUUCUAUUUCAACCAUUGGAUUUAAUUAAAACUAGAUUACAAAGCAGAGUUACUACUCAUGUUGAACCAACAAGAAAUGGGAUGCUAACAACAAUUGUACAUAUAAUAAAAAAAGAAAAUGUAUUUGGAUUAUGGCGGGGUAUGACACCAUCUAUAACAAGGGUCAUCCCUGGUGUUGGACUAUACUUUUCCUCUUUGGAUUGGUUAAAACAUACAUUACAGCUAGAAGAACCAUUAACACCUCUACAAGCUAUAUCGUUAGGUAUUACAGCUCGAUCUAUGUCUGGUGGUUUAUUAAUUCCAAUUACCGUUGUUAAAACACGAUUUGAGAGCGGCGUUUACAAAUACAAUAGCGUUGCAGAAGCUUUGAGGCUCAUAUAUAGGCAAGAAGGUAUUAAAGGUCUGUCAAGUGGCCUAGUACCAACAUUACUUCGCGAUGCACCAUACAGUGGUCUUUAUCUGUUAUUUUAUACACAAUUAAAACAAAUAGCUGCUCAUACAGAGCUCAUCAUUCAUCAAAAUACCUCUGUACCAGUACACUUCAGCUGUGGGGUUUUAGCAGGAAUUUUUGCUGCUAUUGUAACGCAUCCACCAGAUGUUAUUAAAACGAAGAUGCAACUUUAUCCAAAUGAAUUUAAAACUAUUUACAGUGCCACUUAUAUUGUAUAUAAAAAGUAUGGAAUUUUAGGAUAUUUUAAAGGAAUUGUUCCUAGAAUGUUAAGAAGAACACUAAUGACUACUAUGGCUUGGACUGUUUAUGAACAGAUUACACGAAGCAUUGGGUUAAAAUAAAAUUUAAUAAAUUAUGCUGAUUGGUAUAAAUAGAAAAUUUUAACCACAUGAGAACAAUUAUUUAUAUACAGUAUUAGAAUGAAGCAACGUAUUGCUCAUUGUAUUACCAAUAUAUGUAUUUAUUUAAUAAAUUAUAUAUUUUUAUAGAUUA